AUGCCUGGCCUUACCGAAGACGGUCCCAUCCAGGGAAAGUACAAUGCAAUUCCCGGCCCCUUGGGUCUAGCUUCCGCCUCUCUUGAAGGCAAGGUCGCCUUGGUCACUGGAGCAGGUCGCGGCAUCGGCAGAGAGAUGGCACUAGAGCUUGGGCGCCGAGGUGCCAAGGUUAUUGUCAACUAUGCCAACAGCUCCGAGUCCGCGGAAGAGGUUGUCGCUGCUAUCAAGAAGGCCGGCUCUGACGCCGUGUCGAUCAAGGCAAAUGUCUCAGUUGUCGAGCAGAUCGUUGAGAUGUUCGAUGAGGCUGUUAAGGUGUGGGGCAAGCUGAACAUCGUCUGCUCCAACAGCGGUGUUGUCUCUUUUGGUCAUGUUAAGGAUGUCACUCCUGAGGAGUUUGAUCGCGUCUUCAACAUCAACACUCGCGGUCAAUUUUUCGUUGCCCGUGAGGCUUACAAGCACCUCGAGGUCGGCGGGCGAUUAAUCCUCAUGGGCUCCAUCACAGGCCAGGCGAAGGGUGUCCCAAAACAUGCGGUCUAUUCAGGAUCAAAGGGCACAAUCGAGACAUUCGUCCGCUGCAUGGCUAUUGACUUCGGUGACAAGAAGAUCACGGUCAAUGCUGUCGCUCCAGGUGGCAUCAAGACAGACAUGUACCACGCCGUCUGCCGAGAAUACAUCCCCGGUGGUACCGAGCUUGACGAUGGCAGUGUCGAUGAAUACGCAGCGGGCUGGUCACCGCUGCACCGUGUUGGUCUCCCCAUCGACAUCGCCAGAGUUGUCUGCUUCUUAGCAUCUCAAGACGGCGAAUGGAUCAAUGGCAAAGUUCUCGGCAUUGAUGGCGCUGCUUGCAUGUAA